UGCACGGCUCGAUGAGUUCCCAACGCGGGGAGGUGAGCCCACGCUAGCAUGCUCUACGCGAACUGCAGAAAUGUGUACGUGAAACAGACUGCUCUUGCACUAGUACUUUAUGUUCCUCUUGCUUUUAAUGAAGAGGUUAAAUGACAAGGAAGUUUGAGGUGCAGUUCUCGUAUAUAACCCUACCGCACCUUCCAACACCUGUAACCCACGGGGGACUCACCGAUCAAGAUGGCGAUGAUUGCUCAACUUGUGUUACUUAGUCUCUCCGUCCAGUCGCUUCUUGCGACAAAUGGAACACUGAGUCCGGCAGUCAGUGCCAGCAUGUCGACACCGACCACAGUUACAGGAGUAAUGGGUUCAGCUGAGCCUAUCGAACCGUCGACAGUGUCGAACGUGAACACAGAAGCACCUGCCACAUCCAAUCACACCAAUCCGAUUAUGUCGACACCAGUGUCAACAGCAUCAACAUUGAGUCCUGCUGCCACCGGAUCGACAGCAGCAGCCCCUGGUGCGACAGCAACAGAACCUGGGUCGACAACUGCAUUAGUACCUUCAGGGUCGACAGUGUCAUUGACGGCUCCGCCGAGCCAAAUGCCGACCGAAUCAGGAACUACCACGCCUGCUGGAGGCGGCACACCUACAGAGAUGUCUAGAACUGCAGGAAUGACGUCAUCAAUGACGCAAGCUGUGACGUCAGAGCCGACAAGCGGGCUAAUGACGACGUUGGCGACGAUAAUGAAGACUACCAAGGGAGGAUCGGGAUCAGAAGGAGUCAGCCUGGCCGUGUACAUUGCCGCUGGCGUCGUGUCGGGCCUGGUCGUGUUGGUGAUCAUCUUCGCCAUCGGUGUUUGGUGCCUUCGAAGCCGCAAGUCCCAAGAUGGCCGCGGCACUAGGAAUCCCUUCGGCCCGGACGAAAUGGACAAACUGGACCCCAAGGCUAGGAUGUCCAUGCAUCGUCCAGCCUCGGCAAGCGUCAACGCCGAUGACGACCUAGCCUUCGUCACAUUCAGCACAGGGCCCGGGACCGCCAGCGCCGAGUACCACGUGGGCGGCAUCGAGAACCCCACGUACGCCCUCAGCAACGUCAGCGACGGGGAGGAACCAACGGCUGGAGAAGGAGGCCAGGACCAGAACGGCGCCGCCACUAUGCCCUCACCGGCUCGCCUGAGCAUCGCUGAGCCGACUGAGGGCGCUGCGGAGGGUGAAAGUGAGGGCGGUAAGGGGCGCAACAUCAGGCCACAAAGUGGGGUGUCGUAUACGAGUAAUGACAUCGACGGAGCCCUUGAGACUCUAGAGAUAGGCACAGUAUGAGUACGGUGUCAGGGCGUCAGAUGUUUGGCAGGAGAAGGCCCCAUGUUGCCACAUUCUCGUGGUGGACAUGAUCUUGGCCAAGUUAAUUAUCGCUGGCAUGGCAAAGCACACGAUAUCCUCUACACAGCAAAGAGCAGCAUGCUAAAAAAAAAUCACAACAACGCAAAAUUUGAAAGUCAUAAAAGAUCGUUUGCUUUUCAUGCAUUGUGUUCGUUUCCAAUAUUAACACCACUCAAAAUCCAAAGAAUGUUCAAGGCCUACCCUGUUGAAGUUUAAGCGCAGUGGAUAUUACACAUUUCGAGAAAAAACAGCGAAUCAGCGAAACCAUGUAGGCCUACAACAACCUUUAGAUCACAAAACACGAUUUCGUCCACAGCAAUCUGAAUUAGUUUCCGAAAAUGCAGUCAAUUGACUGAUCAUUGAAUUCAUCUACAGUUCUUGAUUUCUUCUUAAUGACAGCAAGCCAGAUGGAAUAAUUUCACGGGGUGUUUAGUACCAGUACGAUCUUUAAGCUUUCUGGAUUCGGUUUUUUGCUUUCUCGAUUCGGUAUUUUGUGGGAUGAAUGCAAAUGAUCCAUUACUAACGCGCGCGCAUGCGCAAACACUGGCACGACACUGCACUCAAUGUUACUUUUGUUUUAUUGUUAAGACAUUGUUUCUGCUUAGCAUUUCACUAAAUAAUUAUCAUAUCAUGUCAGAAGACUAGCAGGCAUUAUUUAACAAGUCGCCAAUUUCGUUUUUAGCAUUGUUUGGGUUUGCAGUGUAAAUGUUUGUUCAAAUAAGGAAUUGCUUUCGCGUAUAUCUGUUUUUCAGUACUUUCCUAAAGAUGCAAUGUUUGUAUUAUUAUUUGCCGAUAUUAAUCGCAUAUUUCUAGAAAUGCAUUAUGUAUCCGUCUUUCUUAAAGUUUUAAUUGCUUUCAGUAAUAAAUGUAGUAAACAGUUAAGCUUUGUGCUUAAUUUCACGCCACCAAUAGUGUUCUUUUUUUUCUGAAAAACAUUAUUAUUUAAACAGAAUAAAACUUUAUCAAUCAAUAAUAAUUAAAUUCCGAUUAAGCAUAUUAAAAUAAAAGGUGUUAAAAUGUGAAUAAUUAUUCGGAUAAGGAUUUAAUCAUUUUUUUAAAAUAAAAUCAACUUGCAUUAUCUUGAAACGAAAA